AUGGGGUGUGUUGUGUCAAAGAAGAACGAGGGAGACGACGUCGUUUGGCUCUGCAAGGAGAGGAAGCGGCAGCUGAAGCUGGCUGUGGAGAGAAGGUAUGGUUUUGCAGAAGCACAAUGUAAGUACAACCAGUCACUCUACUCAGUAGCAGCUGCUAUAAGGUUGUUUGUAGCCAGACAUUCCUCGCCAUCUUCACCUUUUCUGAUUACAUUUCCUUCUGUGAAUCUUGAAAAUGCUGAGCCCAUUGUCCAAAAUAACCCCAUGUUGCUUCAGCAGAGGCCAAGUGAGCCAAUGACCCAUAAGACCACCAUUGGUGUUGGGUCGGUUUGUGAUUCUGUGAAGUUACAGGAAGACCCAGAUGGGAAAAGUGAGAGUGAUCAGGGGGAGGUGGUUUGUGAGCAUUUUCAUGAUGUGGUGGAGUCACCAGAGAGGGAUUUUGGGUGGGAUUUCUUUAACCCUUUCUAUGAUGGGGUGAGGGUAGAAUUGGUAAAUGGGUUUGAUGAGGAUUUGAGGGCUGUGAGAGAGGAGGAAGGGAUUCCUGAGCUGGAGGAAGUGGGGGAAGGAGGAGUGAUAAGUGAGGAAAAGGUUGGGGAUUUGAGUAAUUGUGAUGUGGGUCAUGAGGAGGAGAGUGGAGGUGUGGCUGUGAGUGAUGGUAAUGGUAAUGGUAACCAAGUAGGGGAAAGGAGUCUGAGGGUGAUUGAUACACCCAAAGAGGGGAGGGAGUUGUUGGAGGCUUUGAGAGAUGUUGAGGACCAUUUCAUGAAGGCCUAUGAUUCUGGGUUGGAUGUUUCAAGGAUGCUAGAGACUAACAUGGUUCAGAUGCAAUCUGCAUUGGAGGAGAUUAAAGGUAACUCGACUAAGCUUAUCCGUUCAAUCACACGGAGUCGCUCCACCACGUCCACAUUAUCUUGGUCUUCCUCUGGCAAAAGUUUGCUUACAUCUAGUUCCAAAAGUUCUUCAGCCUGGACUCAGAUCAGCAAUGAUCUCUUUGAUGACUAUGGAGCAAUGGGAUCCGGGAACCAUUCAUUGACAUUAGGAAGGUUAUAUGCCUGGGAGAAGAAGCUAUUUCAGGAGGUGAAGGCUGGAGAGGAAACCAGGAAAAUUUAUGAGCGAAAAUGCUCCCAAUUGAGAGACCAAGAUGUAAGAGGAGAUGGCCUAAACAGUAGGGACAAAGUUGGAGUUGAAAUAAAGAACUUGUAUGCCAGAAUUUUGGUUUCCAUAAGAAGUGCUGAGUCUAUAUCACAAAGAAUUGAACAGCUGAGAGAUGAAGAGCUGCAGCCACAACUUAUCGAGCUGCUAAAGGGCUUAAUGAGAAAUUGGCAGAUAAUGUCGGAAUUGCAUGAAACUCAAAACAAAAUCAUGUCUGAAGUGAGGUCACUCAACUGCCCCACCAUUGGAAUGUUCUGCAAUGACUCGCACCAGCUUGCUACUUUCCGGCUUGAGGCCGAACUUCAAAACUGGCGUGGUUGCUUUGCAUCAUACUAUUCUUCCCAGAAAGCGUACAUUGAAGCUCUUCAUGGUUGGCUGUUAAAGUUUGUUGCCCCUGAAACUGAAUUCUACUUGAAGGGCAUGUCUCCACUUCCAUUGUGUACACUCAACGGGCCACCACUACUUGCAAUCUGUCAUAACUGGUUAACUUCUAUGGAUAAACUGCCAGAUGGGGCAGUGAUUAGUGCCAUGAAAAGCUUUGGGAAAGAUAUCAGAGCCCUGUUGGCUCAACAAGGGGAGGAGCACCAACAGAAGAGGAAGGUUGAUGGACUCACCAGAGAACUUGAUAAGAAAGUUUUGGCAUUUGAAAGGACAGAGAGGAGGCUUCUUGGGGUGAAGUUCUCUGAGAAAGAAACAGAACUGCAUGUGCCAAAUCGAAUUGAGUAUUUGACUGGGAUGAAGGAUCAGCUGGAUAUGUUUAGGAAAAAGCUAGACACCGAGAAGGCAAAGCAUCAGACUAGCAUGCAGGAGACACAGCACAUCGCAGUGAAUGGAUUUCAGACAGGUUUUACUUCAGUUUUUGAAUCCUUAGCCGAGUUUUCAAAGACUGCUAUGAGAUUGUACGCUGACAUUAUCACUUUCGGCGAAAAUGCUAAGGGGGUAGAUGAAAAAAGUAGCAACCCCUCCUGA